AUAAAUGUCGAGAAACGCACUGUUCCUUUGAGGGAGUACUUGAAACUAAUGGGGGAUCUCAUUCAUUACAUUACUCAAAAACUUCCGAAACUCAACUAAAAAUUUCUCCAUUUUAUAUCCCAAACUAAAAUGACUGUAUUACCCCGUUGAAAACUGAAAAUUUCCAAAUACUACCCCAAUAUUUUGAUCACACGUAUUGAUUUUGAUCCUACCUCAAAUCUGGACUUCGGAUCCAGCUUCUUCAAACUUCCCUCUCCAUAAAACUAGAAGAAGAGCCAUUUGAGAGAUUGUUGGUUUAGAUCUAUAGCAAAAUGGGAUUCCUGGUGACAACUCUAAUUUUUGUUGCAAUCGGAGUUAUUGCAUCUCUGUGCGCCAGAAUCUGCUGCAAUAGAGGACCUUCUACUAAUCUGCUACACCUAACAUUGAUUAUCACGGCGACCGUGUGCUGUUGGAUGAUGUGGGCGAUUGUAUAUCUUGCACAGCUGAAACCACUCAUCGUUCCAGUUUUGAGCGAAGGGGAGUGAGUGCACUCGACGUGGAAUUUUGGAGGGUGUUGAUAGUUACUGGAGAUUGCUGGACCCUAAGUAUUCUUCUCUCAGGCUCUGUAAACUUUUCAUGUGCUGCGAAUAACUUAAGAUUUAAUUUGUAUAUUGUUCACCUCUUAUAAAAUGGUUCUUUGAUGACCACCAUUAUAUCUUCAGCCAAUUCUGGGCUGAGGGUGAGGAAUAUGUAUUUUGGAUUGGACUGAGAGUGUUGGAUCGAGGGUGAUAUGAUUCUGCAUUACUCUUUUUUUUUUCUUUUUGAAAAUAAAUAACGAAAUGGCUGUAUGUUUCUGCAUUA